AGAGGUGGUGGAGGAGGAGGAGGAGGAGAAAGUUGUGGUGUUCUGAGGCGACAGAGUGGAUGAACGUAGGUUUUAGCGUUUAUCGACUUGUCAGAAUCGAUCUUUGCUGCGACACGUUGGUUGUCAGUAGUCCACCUGCAGAGCAGCUAGCACCGGUCCGCGAGCAGGUCCAGGAUGACUCAGGUGAGCCAUCGGCAGUGGGGAGAGGUGUCCGGCCGAGGCGCUGUGGACCUGUGGGUGCUGCAGUCCCCUCAGGUGCGGGUGGAGGUUCUCACUCUGGGGGCCAUCAUCAGGUCCGUGUACAGCAGAGAUAAGGAUGGUCAGAUAGAAGACAUAGUCCUGGGCUACGAUGACCUGGAAGGUUAUCUGUCAGAUAAGCGAUACCUGGGAGCUGUGGUGGGCCGCGUGGCCAACAGGAUUGCACGGGGACACUUUGUAGUGGAGGGAAAAGAGUACCAACUAGAUAUCAACAAUGGACCUAAUGCACUGCAUGGAGGGCUGUGGGGCUUCAAUAAGGCGAUCUGGCUCGCUACAGCAGUGGAAGGUGGUGUACAGCUGAGUCUUACAAGUCCAGAUGGAGACCAGGGUUACCCUGGAGAGGUCCAGGUCUCUGUCUCCUACACCUUACAGGAGGAAACACUAACUGCUGAAUACCAAGCCCGGUCUACCAAAACCACACCCAUCAACCUCACCAACCAUUCCUACUUCAACCUGGCUGGACAGGGUUCGGCAGACAUCUACGAUCAUGAAGUGUCCAUCAGUGCUGAGUCCUACCUGCCUGUGGAUGACACAUCCAUUCCUAAAGGAGAGACCAAAGGAGUGGAAGGCACGCCCUUUGACCUCAGAAAGCCUGUUCUGAUUGGCCGUCAGCUGCAGGAAGUUCCAAGUCCAGGAUUUGACCACAACUUCUGUCUGUCAUCACCUGGGGCUGCCUGGACAGAGAGGCAUGCUGCCAGAGUGUGUCACCCAGCCAGCGGACGUGUCCUCGAGGUUUCUACCAGCCAACCAGGAGUCCAGUUCUACACUGCCAACUUCCUGGAUGGCUCGAUGACAGGAAAGGGUGGGGCUAGGUAUCAGAAGCACAGCUCCUUCUGCCUGGAGACACAGAAUUGGCCUGAUGCUGUCAACCAGGCAUCAUUUCCUGACUGUCUUCUGCGUCCUGGGGAGGACUACCGACACAUCACUCGAUUCACCUUCACCACAGUCUGAUCUGACCCCUACCCGUCGGACAGAAGAGAAGAACACUGCAUACUCCACAGGAUGUGAAGUCCUGUGAAUUUUUACAGUGUACAGUAGAAUCAUGGACCAACUAGUGCCUUUCAGUGCAAGUUUAUUCCUGACGACAUAACUGUCAUGUAGAUUUUUGUAAUAUGAAAAACUUUAAACACAGAGUGUUAUAAUGGGCUGUGCAGGCAGAAUACUUACAGCCUGUGCUUCAUAGCUCACAGUCCAACCUGUCCGAACACUUUCAGUUCUAAUGCAAUUUAAAGGAAUAAAGAGUUUUCUC